GUGUUCCGAUGAAUACGUCGGGUGAUACCGGGCCUCUGAACGAGAAUAGAUCAGCGAACUCCACGAAUGUUGGUCCACAUUGGCGAAGGAACAUGAAUACUGCCUCUUUGAACUUGUCGUUAAGCUCACCAGAGAUGCAAAAGCCUUUCAGUCUGGGAAGAUGCCAGCUGAUAUCCUUCUUUAUUGGACUCGAUUCAUCCAAGCACACGAAAUUCAGAU